AUGUUGUACGAACUGAUCGCUGUUGUCCGUCCCGGUAGCCUCCAGGAGGUUAGAGAUAUCGCCCGCAAUGCCGGCAUCCAGGUCCUCCGCUCCGGCGGCGUAGUCCGCGGAUUCACCAACUGGGGCACCUUCCGUCUGCCCAGGCCCACGACGAAGCAUCAGGCCCGCUACAGGGAAGGCCACCACUUCAUCAUGCGCUUCGAUGCCUCCGGUCCCGUGCAAGCGGCUGUCCGCAGAACUCUUGGUCUCGAUCCCCGGAUGGUUCGGUUCUCCGUUGUCAAGUUGGGCGACAAGCUGGAGGAAAUCAAGCACGUCGAUGGCAAGGUUGAGUGGAACAACAACCGUAGCAUCUCCGAAACGUUUUAA